UUUUCCGGUCAGUGGUAACUGUCAUGUGUCAGGACGUUAUUCCAAAACAUUGUUUGACAUUUUUAAAUUAAAAAAUUGUUUGAAUUAAAGUGAUUCAAAAAGUUUCUAAUGUGCAACUAAUGUUACUCUUACUAUAAAAAUUUAAGUUCUAAAAACAUGAAAGUUAAAGUUUGGCUCUUAAACAAUUACCUUUGAGGUCUCGUAUGAGGUUAUAAGGACGUUAAAAAAAUUGUAUACAAACAUGGAGCAAGGAGAUUUAUUCCACAAUAACGCUGAAAAACCAGAUUCCUUUAACCCUGAUGCCAGCAAUAAAUGUUCGAUAACGUGUUCCAAUGUCCCUGAAGGCCUGUUUGAUUCUUCAGCAGCAAAAAAGCACUUUAGCAAGUUUGGAAAAGUACACAGAAUUCGUCUUCUUCCUAAAAAACAAAUAUGCGUCGUAGAGUAUGAACAAGAAAUAUCUGUGCAAAGAGCAUUAUUAAAUGCAGGUGCUUAUGAUGGCUUUAUGUUUGACGUCACUCGGACGAAGGCAAGAAUAAGAAGAAAAAGUAAGAGAGAUGAGGAUCCUGAUUGGGUCCCAGACUCGGAUGUAGAAGAAGAAUUAUCUGCAAUGGGAGGAACCGCAACAUACAGGGUACCCAGACAAAAACCUAUGGAAAUCGAUAUCCCAAAAAGAUCCAUAUCUCCAAAGAAGGCUCUGAGACCUGUUAAACAAAUUGUUAUGAAGAAAAAGUUUGAAGGCCCAGUGAAACCGAGAGGAAAAUCUUUACAGUCUGAAGCAUUUGGUAGUGAUGCACCAGUUAUUGUGACAACACAAACCAGCCUUAGCACUACGGAAGCAGCUGCUGAGCUUUAUCAACUCAGGUCCAGAGUUUCUUUGACACCUGAUGAGAAAUGGAGGACCCUUGAUGCUAGAGACAGAAUAUUAAGAUCUUGGGGUGGUGCCGGGUCAAAGGUGAAAGUUGGUGGACCCACUAUUGGCACUUGCCCUGAUAUGUGUCCAGAAAAGGAAUUGUUGCAUAGACAAGCUGAACAUCAGGUGAUGACGUUAGAAACAAUAGUAGACUCUGAUGGUCUGUUGGAACCGUGGAGGGCGGUGAAACAGUACAGCCGUAGCUCUGCAGACCAGGAAAUGCCAAUGUGUUAUGAAUUGCGACCAGCCAAAGUGCUUAUGGCUACUUGUGCCUACCUUCUCCGUGAGAUUGCUGAUACAACUAGACAGGUGUCGCUGGCCGAUUGGUUUCAUUUCAUGUGGGACCGGCUGAGAGGCAUCCGGAAGGAUAUUACGCAGCAGGCUCUGUGUUGUGCAGAUUCAAUAUGUUUAGUAGAAAUCUGUGCCCGAUUCCACGCCCACUGUGCGGCGCGAUUAGCGGAUCUUGAGCAUACGCAGUUCGAUCAAAAACUUAACACGGACAACUUAACCAAGUGUCUCCAAACCCUGAAACAUAUGUAUUCUGAUGUCCAGGCCCAAUUUAAACCCAGAGAAGCUGAAUUUAGAGGGUACAUAGCCCUUUUGAACCUUGGAGAUGCUAAUUUUUGGUGGGAGAUAAAACAAUUACCAGACGAAAUUCAGAGAUCGGAGCCAAUUAUAUUCGCUGUCAAAAUUUUCAUGGCGCUAGAUAACAAUAACUAUGUGAGAUUCUUCCGGCUCGUCCGGGAUGAAGCUACUUAUCUUCAGGCCUGCAUACUGUUACGAUACUUUAACGACGUCCGAGCUAGAGGUCUAGCUAGAAUCGUUAAGGCCUAUGCACCUAGAGGAGGCUCCAAAUACCCCGCCGAAGAAUUAAUGAACUCCCUCGCUUUUGAAACCAUUGAAAGCAUGAAAUCCUUUGUGAACCAUUAUGGCCUAAGACUUUCCAAAGUGGAUUCAGAACUUAAUGUCAUCCUAGACAGGAAUCAGUUUAUUGAAGACAGCGAUCCAUAUCCUCUAUCUAGAGCUUUGAGUCUCAUAGAGUCUAAGAGGAGAAGUAACGUAGCUGAUAUUAUUUCUGGUGGAAAUAUCCCUCAAUAUGACUACAAAAAUCAUACACUACACGCUAGUUUCACUUCUGAUGGAAAAAUCAAAGUAGCGUCUUUAACGGCACAAGAUCUAGGCUAUAAUACCACAAACGAUACAAAUAAAGAUAUAGAAUCUUUAAAGUUGGAAUUGCAACGACUGGCUGGAAAAACAUUUGUGGACCCACCGUUUGAAGUUAAAAAACACAACUUUGUAAAACCCGCUGCCGUAACACCACCAAAACCUCUAGUAUUUAGCAAAACGAAUGGAGAAAGAUCGUUUACGUUUCGACGGGCAGACACAGUGGACGUUCCAGAUAGUAUUAAAAAGUCACCAGAAAUCACAAAUGGCGCCCACAAACUGUUCACCUUUUCCCCACCUGAAAGAACUCAUAUGAACCGCAAUAAUUCAAAUCCCUUUACGUCAUCAAAUAACAAAAACUUAUUUGCAUCAAGUCAAUCUUCAUUUGAAAGUGAUAGUACGAAUUUGUUUAACUCCGACACUGGAGGGUCAGUAUUUAAUAAACUUUCUAAAGAUGAAAAUAAAACAGAAGCAAGCAAAAGUAUAUUUGCCAAUGCAGCUAACUCAAUUUUUGAGAAAAAAACAGCUGAACCACAAAACAUCUUCGCUAAUGCUCAAAGUAUAUUUAGCAAAUCUACAGAUGUACCGCAAACGAGUAUUUUUGCAAAACCACCUCUAGAGACCCCACUAACGGAUCCCACAAGUGUUUUUCGAGCUUUUGCUAAACCUACGCAAAAUGAUAAUCCUUUCAAUAAAGAUUUAUCCAACAAUAAAUUUGUUACUAAUGGCGAAGCAUCGAAUUUAUCUCCAGGAACAUUGUUUAAACAGGCAAAUGAUCCCUUUUCUGGCCAAAACAAACCUUAUACAGUUUUUCAAAGUAAAAAUAAGCCCCCCUCGGUAGCUAGUAAUAUUUUUAAGUCCGUAGCAUUGCCUAAAAACAAUGAUAUUUAUGAAUUCAACGAUGAUUCUAAUAAUAAAUCGCGAGAUGAGCUCGAGGCGUUGGAAAAUGAAAAGCAAAAGUUAGAAGCGGCCAUAAAGGAAGAAGAGAGGAAAGAAUUAGAAGAAAAGAGGCGAAAGGAAUUGCAAGAAAGGCAAGAGGAAAUGAAGCGACUAGAAGAGGCACGAACAAAAGAAGAGCUUAAAAAAUUAGAAGAACAGCGUAAAUUAGAAGAGCAGAAGAAACAAGCAGAACUAAAGAGAAAGUUAGAAGAGGAACAUCAAGCCCAGUUAGAUCGGAAAGCUAAAGAACUAGACAGAAUUUUUAGGGAGAAAGUUGAAAAGGAAUCUGAAAUAGUCUCAGAAGAAUUGGUGAAUGAAGUAAAUGGGGAAACUAUCAGUAUUCUAUUAAAAGAGGAAAUGGAAAUAUUAAAUAAUAUAGUAACAUAUACAAAGAAUGUUACUGAUGAGAUGGUUGCCGAGUUAUUAGAUGAAAUAUGCACAUAUGAACUAAAGGCUGAACUUUUCCGAACCAAAAACCUAAUGAAAAAAUGGUUCAAUGUUUGGAGAAACCUUCUGUCGAGAAACUUGAGGAGAAGACAUCUCUUAGAGGACACGCCAGUUUGGUUACCAGAUAAAACCCCUUUCGAAGAAGCAAACUGUUUGAGGCGGCUUUCUGAAAGGGCAACUUUAAGUCACAUGAAUGCAAUUCAUAGAGGUUAUAAAUUUAAGAAUGAACCUAAUGAAAUUCCACCUCCUAAGACUUAUGAUCUUGUUGAAAUUAUAAGGUCACCAUUACUAAAACGGAUGAAGCAAAUUAACUAUCCUUAUGAUAAAUGCUUCUUUUGGAAAAUUACAUUGGUUUCUCCAGGAACUUGUAAGUGGUUUUGUAAAAGGAUAAAUAUUCAGUCUUGGUUGUUGCAUGCAUUUAGAUCGAAAGAUAAUAGUGCAGUGGAAAAUCUGAUACACAUUCAGAAACAAUCUUGGAAUAAUUUAAUGGAUUUUGCUACAUCUGUUACUUUAAUAAAUAGGGAUAAUCAUGAAAUCAAUGAAGAUUGUCUUGAAGGUACAAAUGGUGUUAUAUUUUAUAUGAGUAAUGAGGACUUAAAUGUUCAGAAUGUAGAAAGUGUGCUAAAACAAAAACACCCCUAUCAUAUUGUACCCAUUGCCAUAAUAACUACACCAAUAAGUAAUGCUAUUAUUCAAAAUGAUCUCGAAAAUAAAUUAUCUGAAUAUGUAAGCAAUAAUGUUAUAUCAGAUUUUAAAAUAUUUAUCAUUGAGCCAGCAAACAUUGCAGUCUCUCUGGAUAGUCUGACAAAAAGUGCAUUGAAAUGGUUAGCUAAGAGAUGCCCAAAAUCCCCGCCCCUUGAAAUUGAUACACUGAAGUCAAUUUGCCAAAGAUAUCUCGGAAAUGAAAUAUGGCAUAGACUAAAAUCAGAUACUGAUAUCAGAUUCAAAGAUUUAAUGAAAGAUAUCAAGAAAUUGGUACAUUAUUACAACACUGCUAUUGAUAAAUUAAUUGAAGUUAUAACUGAUGAGGAUUGGUUUAACUACCCGGGCUUUCCUAUAGAAUUUAAAACUUAUUUAGAUGAUUCGGUGCCAUGCCCGAAACCAUAUGAGUAUAUCCCUAAUAAUUUAAGAAAUUCUGAAAAUACUAAUGCGAUAAAAAAUAUCAUGCAAAAUUUAAAACUGGUAAGUCCAAGUUCCCCAAUAUCUCCGAAGAAUGCACUGCACAUGCAGGAACAAGUUCGGCAAUAUUGCAAUCAGAUAGGUUGGUUUAAAAAUCCUGAUACAGUAACUUGUAACGUUGUGUCCCUUCCGCGAAACAACUGCUCUGAAGAAUUACCAGUGGUACAAUAUGAUAAUUUUUUACAAUUUUUUGAAGAGUAUAAUUUGAUAGAUACAGUAAAUAUAAUUGUAUACGAAAAAAUAAGUAUACUAAAAAAUUUUGGUGAACUAUUCACAAUAUAUGAUAAGUCAGCCAUGGAAGAGUUCCGCCAAAUGAAUUGGAUGUAUAAUUCCGAGGUUCUUACUUCACUAAAACAUAAGGCUGACUCGAGAGAAGAUGAUUUAGAUUGGUUGUUGGCAGCCAAGAGGCGUAAAAUUGAUGAUUCAUAUGAAUAUCUCCAAAUUGAAGAAAAAGACUGUAGUAUGGUGGAUGAUACUAUAAGGUCUGUUGAUAGAAGCAUUUCAAAUUGUAAUAAUUACCAAAAGGUGGUGUCUGACCUUGAAAUGCAACUAAAUGAAGGUAAAAAGAAAUCUGAUGAAUUGGAACAAUUACUCAAAAUGGCUCUUAAUGAUGUAUAGCAUAAUUAAUUUUGUACAACUUACAAUACUUUUUGUUAUUGUUAUCAAUUUUCUAUGACUAUAAUGUAAUAUUUUAGAAUGCAAACAAUUAAACUAUUUUUUUAAUAAAUACAUUAUUAUUAUUAACUACCAUCAUCUGUCAUCUGAGAUUUCAAUUAUAUUAUUUUAUUUAUGGUGUGGUAUUUAAACUAUGUACUAAUCAAAAAUUGUUACAUAUACACAUUUAUCAUGUAUACUUCUACUUAUCUUUGAAAAGGAUCUCAACCAUUUUUAACCAUAGUUGAUAUUAGCGUACAUACAUAGCAUUAAGAUGAUUAAAUCUGUUAGAAUAAA